UUGAUUGAUUUCAAUUUUUCAUAUUUAUUAUCAAAUAUAUUCCAUGGUUAGGAAGGAGUAUUACUUGUAAAUCUGAACCUACCACCUCCUCCUCUUUGUCUCUCUGUUUGAUUGAAGUACUAGUUUGACAAGUAUAUAUACAUAUAUAUUAUAUACAUAGAAGAUAGAUAUAGAAGAUGGGGUGUAAGGGGUUUUUGGAGUGUCUACUGAAGCUCCUAAACUUCUUGUUGACGUUACUCGGACUAGCGAUGGUUGGAUAUGGGGUAUACAUGUUUGUUAUGUAUAGAAAUGGAAUGGAUGAUUGGGGACCCCCACACGGACAAGACUUAAUACAGCUCGGUCGUCCUAUGUUAAUGGCUGUUUCAAUGUCUGGUAGCAACAUCUUUGAUAACCUGCCUACUGCUUGGUUCAUUUAUCUAUUCAUUGGCAUUGGUGCAGCUCUGCUUGUCAUAUCUUGUUUUGGUUGCAUUGGAGCAGCAACUCGAAGUGGAUGCUGCCUUACUUGUUACUCUCUUCUUGUGAUCUUGUUAAUUAUUGCUGAAGUGGGAUGUGCUGCUUUCAUCUUCUUUGACAAAAGCUGGAGAGCCGAGAUACCAGUAGACAAAACUGGAGAUUUCGACAUGAUAUAUGGAUUUCUAAAGAAAAAUUGGAAAGUAUGCAGAUGGGUAGCCCUUGGGGCGGUUAUAUUGGAGGUUCUUGUAUUCUUGUUAGCUCUUAUGGUCCGGGCUGCAAAUAGUCCAGCUGAUUAUGAUAGUGAUGAUGAAUACAUAGCUGGCCCCAGGCAACAACGUCAACCAUUGAUAAGUAGGCAACCAGCGCCUGCGACGGGUAUUCCUGUUACUGGGACUCUUGAUAGUCGUCCAAGCAGAAAUGAUGCGUGGAGUACACGAAUGAGGGAAAAGUAUGGGCUUGAUACGGCCGAGUUCACAUACAACCCGAACGAGUCAAACAGGUAUCAGCAGGGCAACACACAACCAACCGAGGAGAAAAGCCGUUGCACCAUCAUGUAACUCUGAUUUGAUGGUGUGUUUCUGAGACCCAUUUUUUGUUCAAUUGAUGUUGGAUCUGUGUAUGCUUACCAGUUAUCAACAUAACAAUGUUCUUGUUGAGUGUGUAUAAAAACACAGUUUCAGGAACUUAACUAUUGUAUUUAAUAUUUAUCUUGUUAUCCUAACUUAAUUAUCGGUC